CCAGUGCUGUAUUCCUAUUUUAGAAGUUCUUGCUCUUGGAGAGUUAGAACAGGUAAGGAGAUUGAUUAGGAAUUAUUUCUGAAGGUCAUCUUUGUUUGAAAAAUAAUAUCCAGGUGAUCUGAUAUCAAUGUAAGAUCUGCCUUGACAUUUUAUUGCUCGUUAGUUUCAUAUCACAUGGCAUGUAUGAAAAAUAAUAGAUAUAAAAUGACACAAAUUUAAGAACAUUGUAGCUAUAAAUGUUACAAAGUUCUCUUCUAUUAGAGUAGCUUUUUGGAUAUUACUCUGGACACUCUACCAAUGGACUUUGAAAUAAUAUGUGGUAGCAGCUCCUUUUUUUUUCCAACCAAUGAUUUUUAAAGGGUAAUUAUAAACUUUUUUUAAAUAAUACUUUCCUCUUGCUUUUCAUAAAACAAUUCCACUGUAUCAGCCUCACUUUCAAAAUGUCUUUUUUCUUAUUUUGCAAGAAUACAGAAGGUAGCAAAUUGUUUCAAUUUAUUGGCAUCAGAAGGUCACCUAAAAUGCAAGGCAACUCUCUGGAAACCAGGCGAUUUCCUGAAAGAGAAGCAAAUUUAUGUCAGAUCAGUAUCAAAAUUUUAAAUUUGCGUGCUUGAAAGUAACUUGUAUUACAGAUUUUAAGAUUACAAUGAGUAAAAGACACUUCUAAUGAUCUUUUUCAAAAUUGUUUUACUUGUCACUUCUGUGUAUUUUUUUCAAAAGCUCUUGCACUUAAAGGCAUUGACUAUGAAACCCAUGCUGUUCACUUGUUGAAAGAUGGAGGUCAGCAGGUGUGUACUGCGUUGCUCUAAUUAAUGGAUAAUUAUUUCAUUUAUCAUGACUUAUACUUGCAAGGAAAUCAUCACAGCCCAAGCAUUUUUUAAUUAGUGCUCUUCCAGCCUUAAGAAGGGCUUGUUUAGCAGUGAAUAUCCUUUUGUUGGUGUUUUUGCUCAUUUAGUUUUUUUUUUAAAGAAGUCUCCCUUUCAAAGUAGAGGUGAUUGUACAACAGGGACCAGACUGGGAGGGAUGACCUUAAUUUCUCAUCAAUUUGCAGAUUAAGUUAUAUUUUGGUGUAUAUGAGUACUGUAGCAGGCCUUGUGGGAAACACCAGGUCCCACUGUCAGUGGAUUUUAAUUAAGCGGCUUUUGCCAGUUGGUGAAUAAAAAUGAAUGUAUAAAUUAAUUGAUAAAUAUUUUUAUUUACUCUUUCUUCUUUUUUAACCACAGUUACGUUUUUAUACUUAACUUUUUUCUUGGGCUUUCUGUCUUAGAUUUUCUGAAGAACCCUGUUUUUUUCUUACUCUAUACAACUUUUUGUAUCUAGUCAUAGGACAGGCACGUGUAGAGUCACUUGCAACAUGAAAAGUAACCCAAACGUAUCAUAGGCCAUAUACCUAGAUUGGAAAGCUGACUGUGCAUGUUCAUAAGCAUUGUUGGGUGAUUUUAGUUAAAUUUUAAAGUUUGUGUUAAGUUCACUUCAUUUCUGUAUUUGACAUCUUAUUUUAGCGAAAAUUACUUCCCCCUGAUAUUUCUACCUAAUUUUGAAAAUGUGUAAUGAGUCAUUUUUGCAGACCAAAUUUCACACCAUCAUCUGUUUUAUGGUACUACAACUACAAACUAGGAGAAUUCUCUCUGUUUUUCUUUCACUUGAAUUUAGUAAUCCUAAUCAUGUGACGUUUAAAAAGAAUUUGUACAAUAUAGAAAAAUCCCAGAGAACUCUGAUAGUUGUGGUAGUAAAAUGUAAUCCUUAUGAAGAAAUUUUGUCCUAUAGCAAGCUGAGGAGUAUAAGAAGUUAAAUCCCAUGGGCCAAGUACCUGCUUUAGUGAUCGAUGGCCACACACUGGCAGAUUCAGUAAGUUUGUUAUUUGAAAUAAUAAACCUAUAAUAUAAUUGUUCUUACCUUUAACAUUAUGGUACCUUGCAAGUAGCUAGAGGUUUCAAUUCUCUCUUGCAAGUGGUCUGCAUUGCUUGUAGGUCACGCAGUUGAAAAGCCAUGGGAACGACUUCAUAAUGCUAAGAGCCAUGCAAGAGAGAAACCUCUGCUCGCUGGGUUCAUUAUGGAUUAAUUUCCAAGGAAGACAUUUAGGGAAGAAUUUCUGAGCCAGAGAUCUGUAUAGAUACAGUUGGACCUCUUCACAAUGGCCACAUUAGGGACAGAAGAAAGUGGUCAUUGUACAGAGGUGGUGGUUGUGGAGAGGUGGCCGUUAUUGGAGGUUCGACUGUAUUAUGUGACUGCUCAAGUGAGCUAGUACUAGGAGUGGAAUGGUAAUAAUAUUAUUAUCUGUUUUGUUCUUUGCAGCUUAGUAUAAUAGAAUAUCUGGAUGAGACAAGACCUGAUCCUCCACUUUUGCCCAAGGAUAAUCCUCAUAAGAGAGCAUUGGUAUGUUUCAUUUUUUCAUUUUUUCAUUCAUUUUAUUAUCUUAACCAGUGCUGAUUGAGUCUGAAAGUGUAUUACAUCUAUCUUUGGAAUUGUUCGAUUUUAUGCCCAUUCAUACCUGCUAAUCUUAAUUAUUGCCGACAAAUGAUCCAUUAUUCUGAAAAUAAUUUAUAAGCCAUAAUUUUAUUAGCCUAACAGCAAAAAAAAUGCCUCUCAUCUUUUCUGGGCUAAAUAUACUGGCACUCAAAUAACAUUAUUUAUUUAUUUAUUCAUUGAUUAAUUGUUUAUCUAGUUUAAUAUUUAUAUAAUGGUAUUAUUGUCUUUUCAUGUUAUUGACGUACAUGUAUCUUUCAGGUACGGCAAGUAAGUUACACAAUAGCUAGUGGAAUUCAGCCAAUUCAGAAUCUGUCUGUCUUAAAGUAUGUUGGUGAUGAGAAAAAGGCAGAGUGGGGACAUCACUGGAUAAACAAAGGAUUCCAUAGUAAGUUUAUUGUGGGAGAGUUUCAAAAGUCAGGUACACAAAAGAUGCUUUGUACUUUAAUUGUUUCUCAUUUUGCUUGACUGUGCUUAUAUAAAAGAUAACAGAACUUCUCAUGCCAAGCAUUCAGCUCAAGGAUUCCAGAAUCCCGCUACUGAUUGGAAUCUGGAAUCCAAGUUCCACUGAUAGGAAUUCAUUAUCCAGCUCCUGGAAUCUGGAAUCCACAGGGUGUAAUCUAGAAUCCAGGACUGUCUUGGUUUACCUUAAGUAUAUGAAGAGAUACCAAAAUAUUGAUUAUGAAACCAGCAUAUGUACGGUCAUCAAUGUAAAACAAUAAAAUGUCACGUUUGCAAUACCCUAAAUAUAUCCCACUCGUUCAGUACAAAAUUUUGUGAGAAACCCGAGUUUUUCGGUGAGAAAUAGCAUGUUGAAUGAAAAAAAAAACGUUUGGGCCCGCCAGUCACUUUAGUAUUUACUGAUCGUAGGUUAAUAUUUAACAUGUGCUGUACACACUGCAGUUUUUUCUGUUUGUUUCCUCCGUUUCACAAAUGUUGAUGUGAACUGCCUUUGACUGAUUAUUUGUCCUUACGUACAUCAGUGUGUAUUGUGUACUAGUGAGAACCAGAGUUUAAUAUUUGUGGGGAAAGGUUAUAAAAUACAGAUUUGUAAAAAAUCAAUACAGUGGAACUUCUCCUUUGGGACACCUCUAUUUCAGGGACACCUCCAUUCAAGGAACACCAAUUUUGAUCCGGGAAAGAUGUGACACAUAAUCUUUGUUACCUCUAUUGAAGCCUGGACACUUUUUCUGGGUCCCGAAACCCAGACUCCACUCAGGGAUGCCUUAGUACUGAAAAAGCACCACUAGUUUGCUGAUAAGUUUAAAAUUAAGUGUGCACUAGUCACAAUGGCAACAACUCAUGAACUAUCUAACUUUAAUUGAUAUACUGCACUUGUGGGAAUUCAACACACAACAUCACAGAGACAAGUUAAGCAUGAUUUUUUAUACAGUCAUUAUCUAGCUGCUUGAAAUUAUGACUGCAGCAGAUUCCGAGGUAGAAUUGGAGAAAAAUAUUUUAUUUCUUGGUUAACUGUUAACAAACCCCAGCCCAACCUGCAUUCAGGGGACACCUCUAUUCAUGGGACACUUUCCUUGGUCUCAAGGGUGUCCCCUGAAUGAAGGUUCCACUGUAAAUGGUAUAUUCACUGAAUAGUAACUGUUCCUUUCCAGACUUAGAGAAGAUCUUGGAGAGUACUUCGGGAAAGUAUUGUGUUGGAGACGAGGUAGGUUAAUGAGUAAGAUCGUGAUGUUUCUUGAUGAGUAGUUUGAAAGUUUUUACCUUCCUCCAGUUCCGAUUUACACGGUCAUCUAAAAUAAUUAUAUAGCUGGUAGUUAAUUCGAUAUUGUCAGCAAGGCUAUUAAUUUCUAAAAACUGAACAAUGGAUUAAUGUGGUUACUUUCAGAUAGGUCUUUUCUUAAACAAUAAUUUAUUUAAAGUGAAACAGCAGACUUCAAAAUAGCCCGUAUUAUCGGGUAGGUGUUUAAUAAGAACGUGGGAGUGGUCAAAGAAAAUGUUUUUUUUUUCUCCCUUUUUUCUCUAGCCUAGCCUAGAGCGUGUGAAAAAACAACACUGUUUUACAGUCCAGCAAAGUAGUACCACUAUGUAAAAAUAUAAGUCAUGUGACCCACAAAGAGGUGUCAUUACGUUAACAUAGUUAGAUUUUUGUGUGACCAACAGAGAAAAAACUUUACGAAGACAGGAAUUCCGGCAGCCGUAUGAUCGAGGAUGUGUUGGUAAUAGCAGGUCUGUUUUAUAUCGCUUCUGACUUUUCUUGUUUUGUUUUAUUGCAGAUAUCAAUGGCUGACUUAUGUCUCGUCCCUCAAGUUUUCAAUGCAAAUAGGUAG